AUGAGCUCCAAGGUGUGCAAGAACUGCGGCAGCUCGGACAUCGACGUGGACCAGGCCCGCGGCGAUGCCGUGUGCAUGGUGUGCGGCUCCGUGCUGGAGGACAACAUCAUCGUGUCCGAGGUGGAGUUUGUAGAGUCGGGAGGCGGAGGGUCGCUGGCUGUCGGACAGUUUGUGUCUUCAGAAGGUGGUCCCAAAAACCCGUCUUUCGGGGAUGGACACUUCUCAGGAAUGGGGUCCGAGUCCCGAGCCCAGACACUGCAGAGAGCUCCAGGCUGGCUGGCAGCUGCCCUGGGAGCAGCUGGUUACCACGGCGACGACCGUCUGCUCUGCUUAUGA